UGCUUCCUUUCCUGGCCAACUUGGCUGAAGUGUACCCAGAACGACGCCGACGGACUUUAUAAAAGUUUCUUCCGCGGUGCUCCCCCGGUGCUGACAUGGCCCCCAGCACGCAGCUGAAGGAGGCGAUAGCCGAUGUGCAGGACGGCAUCCGUGCCAUCCUGCUCGGUCCGCCCGGAGCCGGGAAGGGCACUCAGGCCCCGCGGCUAGCAGAGAAGUACUGUGUUUGCCACCUGGCGACAGGAGACAUGCUGAGGGCCAUGGUGGCGUCAGGCUCUGAGCUCGGCAAGAAGCUAAAGGAGACGAUGGAUUCUGGCAAACUGGUCAGUGACGAGAUGGUCGUGGAGCUCAUUGAUAAGAACCUCGAGACGCCGGCCUGCAGGAACGGAUUCCUGCUGGACGGAUUCCCCCGAACAGUCAAACAAGCGGAGAUGCUCGACGACCUGUUGGACAAAAGAGACGAGAAGCUGGACUCGGUGAUCGAGUUCGCCGUCAAUGAUUCUCUGCUGGUUCGCAGGAUCUGCGGCAGACUAAUUCAUCAGCCGAGCGGCCGCUCCUACCACGAGGAGUUCAACCCCCCCAAAGAGCCCAUGAAGGAUGACGUGACGGGUGAGCCGCUGAUCCGCCGCAGUGAUGACAACGAGAAGACGCUGUGCUCACGCCUGGAAGCCUACCACCGGCAGACGGCCCCUCUGGUAGAGUACUACAGUGCCAAGGGCCUGCACACGGCCGUCGACGCUGCCCAGAACCCCGAUGUAGUCUUCGCCUCCAUCGUAGCCGCAUUCUCCGCUGCCACGGAAAUGCCGGCUCGUGCCAAAGCCUCUGGUUGAGUCCUGAGCUGCUCCAUGCCCACCGAGGCGAAGGACUGGAGCUGGCAAAAGGCUCGGGUGGGCAGACGAACGGAGGGGAUGGUCGGGGAGUAGAGGGGACUCCUUAGACCUCUAAACUUGAAGUCGGUUUUGUACGUUUGCUGCACAUUUUUAUUCCCAAUAGAUGACCGGAAUAAACAAAGCCAUCUUGUUUUCACAGUCCUCAUGUUUCUCCCUCUAAUAAAUUUCCCUGCUUUUCUACAAUCAUCA